AUGAAAACCUUGACUCUCAGUCUCGCUACCUUUACAAGUUCUAUAACGUUUGCUUCAGCAGCAACCAAAGUAUGCCAGAACUACAAGAUCCCCUUGACAGUCACAUCUGAGAACUUCGUCUAUGAUAUGCCAUAUUUCGCAGACAACUACGAUGUAGUAGACUGGAUCUCGAAUUUUGGUAGUCGUACUGCUUCUGUGGACUACCACCCAUUCUCGAACACAAAACAGAACCAGACAGCAUCAUACACAAUCUCCGCUACGUUUUGUACACCUAAGGAUCCAGAAGCAGCAUAUAAGGAUACAGUGCUUUUUGCUACUCAUGGUCUAAACUUCGACAACCGUUAUUGGGCCUCUGAAAUCCAGCCCGAUAACUAUAGCUUUGUUGACUACGCCAUCAAUAGAGGAUACUCAAUCUUCUAUUACGAUAGACUUGGGGUCGGAGCAUCCACUAAAGUCUCUGGCUACACCAAUCAACUGCCCAUUCAAAUCGAAAUUGCCACGCAGCUUAUUAUUUCUAUCAAGUCUUCAAAAUAUACGGGUUCCCUCGGCAAGCCGGAUUCUCUCGUUGUGGUCGGACAUAGUUUUGGGAGUGCGAUUUCGGCCGGAACUGUGGCUGCUAAUCCUGAAAUUUGCGAUGCCCUUAUUUUGACUGGCUUCAGUUAUAACGGCUCAAAUCCGGUUGGUUUUGUAGAAGCAGCACAGCUACGUAUUGCAUCAUCUGAAGACCCCCGUUGGAGAAAGUUGGAUACUGGUUAUCUGUUACCGGUCGAUAUCUAUUCCAAUGUCAAUACGUUUUUCAAGAAACCAGACUACGAUCUCAAUGUGGUUCGAUACGCAGAUAGCAUCAAGCAGCCCCUAGGUCUUGUUGAAGUCUUGACGGGAGCCUCCAGCAACCUCUCGCCUUCGGAAUUCACAGGGAAAGCAAUGGUAAUUGCUGGCCAAUACGACUUUAUCUUUUGCACGGGACAAUGCGACGAUGUCAUCGAAUAUCCAGCCGCAAAUGUGUUUGCGAAAGCCAAAGAUUUCAAAGCCAUCAGUUAUCCUGGGGCCGGCCACGGUCUAAACUUUGCACUGAAUGCAACUGGAGCGUACGCGGAAAUCUUUGACUUCUUGGAGAAGUGA